AUGAUGGAUUCCCUCACCAAUGUUUCUAAUCUUGCUCAUUUGAAUGUAACUUUGCUCCAUCUUUCCCAAUCUGAAGUAAUUAACCUUUUCAUAAAGUUCAGUCUUUUCUCUUUGGACAGUCUGUGGCUUGCUGAAUGUGUAUAUAAUUGUGAUCUUAUUAGGAUUAUCCGACAGAGUCAGAGAUAUCCCCGUCUCCAAUCGUUGAGGCUAAGAUGUUGGGAGUCAAGAGGGGAUACCACUCUUCCUUUGUUAAGUAUAUGUCCUAGCUCUCUGAAAAAGUUGGAAGUGGAAGAUUGCUCCCUCUUCCGAGCAGACUUGGAUUUCAUAGAAAAGAACUGCCAAUAUAUGGAAGAGUUCGUAUACAAGCCAACAACUUCUGAUGGACUACUUUUGGAUCACUCAGAAGAUACAUCAGGAGCAAUCAAGUAUGAAGAUCUCUAUAGGCUCUUCCUGAAUCUUCCGAAUCUGAGAGCCUUCCAUGUCAAUGAGUUGAUUGAGCCGGAGUUUCUGUUGAUCCUAUGUAGCACUCUUGUAAAUAUAAACAAAGCAAAGUUCUUGAUGAGAGGCAUAAACCGUGAUCGUGCUUACUACGUGUUAAAAAUGUUUUAUGAGAAAGUGACGAUACGACAAAGCUUCCAUCCUUUUCGAGAUGAGCAGGAAGGCAUCGAAGAAUCUGAUUCUGACGACGAAAGCGACGGCAAAAGAUCUGAAAUCUUUCGAGCAUACUCUAACAAAUAUCUAAAAGAAUGGAAAGAUGCUGUCGAUGAAGCCAGAGGAAGGACCCUACAGAACUAUUCCUGGUUCUUUGAAGAGUAUUUGAAACCUGACUUGAGCACUGAGAGUUCCACUACGAAGUGGUGUUUGAUUCUUCACUACAGAAGGAAAACGUUUCCAGCAGAAAUACCUAACUUCAAAAGUGUUUUCUGUAAUCAAUGA